CUCUCUCGCUCUCUUUCUCUGUGUAUCUCUCUCUCUCUCUCUCUCUCUCUCUCUCUCUCUCUCUCUCUCUCUCUCUCUCUCUCUCUCUCUCUCUCUCUCUCUCUCUCUCUCUCUCUCUUUCUCUCUCUCUCUCUCCCUGUAUCUCUCUCUGUCAGGAUUCCACAGAGAACAACGGCACGCCGAUGGCUGCUGCUGCUACACCUACAGCCACAGCUCCACCCAGACCCGUGGCGGCUGCGGCUGCGGCUGCUGCUGCUGCUGCUGCCGCCGCUGCUGCUUCAGCAGCGGGCCCACCCGCCUCCGGUGGCCCGCCGGCCCGCCCCGGACCCCCCCCGCGACCCGGCCACCGACCAGCCGUGACUCCCACUGCCCCCCCUCCAGCACUGGCCCCGACCAGCAGCAAUGUCCUGGAUGAUGGCUUCCUGCUGGACCUGGAUCCCAUGUCCUCCUCAGCAGCAGGGGGCGCUGCGGCUGGCUCCUCUACUACAGCCUGGGGAGAUCUCCUGGCAGGGGCCACUCCGGCGGCUGCUUCUGACGGUGCAUCUGACGGAGAUGCUACCACCACCCCCGCCGCCGCUACCACCCCCUCCACCACCACCACCACCACCUCCUCCUCCUCCACCUCCGCAGGGGCUGUAGCUGCCGCCGCCGCUCCUGCUACUCCUGCCAAGACAGCCCCUCCCACUGCACUAGCCCCGCCCACUCCGGCCACCCUGCCCCCGCCAGCCUCUGCCACCUCUGACAUGGACCUGUUCGGAGAUGCAUUUGCUCCCUCCCCAGGAGAUGGUCCUGCAGCUGCGGCCGCCGGUCCUGCUGCCGAUGCCUUCGGUGGAUCUGACCCCUUCGCCACGACCGAGGGCAGUGCCAGCAUGGCCCCGGAGAUGGACCUGUUCGCCAUGAGGCCUUCGGACCCCCCGUCCGCGGAGACCCCCGCCACGCCCACCGCCGUCGCCACCGUGGUCGUCACCCCCGCCCCCAGUGAGGCGCCGGCCCCCGCAGCGGCCCCCACCCCUUCUUUAUCUUCUUCUUCUUCCUCCUCUACCACCACCUCCACCACCACCACCACCACCACCACCACCACCGCUAGUCACAACACCACCACAGAGUCUGCAGCAGCACCCGCUCUAGAUAUCUUUGGUGAUAUGUUUGAUUCUAUGCCUGAGCAAAGCCCGAGCGCUGAAUCCAAAGCUGCUACCACACCUAGCGUAGACCUGUUUGGUUCAGACCUCCCUGCCGUGUCUCGCGGGCCUUCUCCUCUGCCCGAGGAGCCCGCUCUGGCUGGGGACAUCGUGACGGAUACCUUCUCCUCCUCCUCCUCUCCUACUACUGCUGCAGCUCCUGCAGCCUCUCCUGCUCCAGCUCCACUGCCAGACGUCCCCUCUCCACCCAAAGCAGAGCCAGCAGCCGUCAUUGACUUGCUGGAUGACUUCAGCGGUCCCAGCGACGCAGCACCCAGCUCAGCAACCACUGGCCCUGUGGAAGCUAUGGACCUGCUGGGAGGACUGAUCUCCCCCAGUCUGGCGCCAACAGCUGCCCCGGCCCUCACCCUAGCCCCGGCCCUGGCUCCGGCCCUGGCCCCCCUCCAGAACGACCUCCUGGAGUCUGGUUUUGAGGCCCUGGGCUCCCUGCCUUCCCCCACGCCCCCGAUGCCAGCUUCAGUUCCCGUGGUCCCCAUCAUGGUACCUGCAGCUACCAUGGAGCCCACGAUGGCUCCAGCGCCCUCUGGUGGCUUUGAUGCGUCGAUGUUUGGUGGAAUAGGUGACCUGCUGAUGCCCGCCAUAACACCCCAGAGCACCGGGGGCAGCACCGGGGGUGGGAGCGUGUCAGGCAGCCUCGGGACCCCCGUCUCGGGCAUGGGCAUGGGCAUGGGCAUGGGCAUGGGCAUGGGCAUGGCGGCGGCCCCCCCACCGACGCCUCCACCUACUAAAACCAUCGUAGGGGACCUGGACUCGUCCCUGGCCAACCUUGUGGGAGACCUCGGAAUGAAGAAAAGGGACCCAAACAGUGAGAAGAAACUCACAGGAGGGGCCAACUGGACCCCCAAGGUAGCCCCUUCCAGCUGGGGUACACCUGCAGCCCCGUUGGCCGGUGCCACCUCUGCAGCGCCCCCUGCUGGAGCCAUGGGGCCACCGCUUGGCUCACAGCCUGGUUAUGGCAUGCCCAUGAUGGGUCAGCCGAUGAUGGGCCAGCCCAUGAUGAGACCACCCUUCACUGGCAUGGCCUCGGCACCAGGGGCUCCGCAGAUUUCUCAAGGACCUGCCGGCCAAAGUCCCAAGAAACCCAAGGACCCUCUGGCAGAACUGGACCUCAAAGACUUCUUAUAAAGCCCCAGAUACUGCUGUUUGGGGAGCAGACUGAGCUCUCAUCCCGUUUGCCGGGUGUCGCCGUUAAUCCCAAGAUACCAGAGACCCCCCCCCAACAUCCCCUUUAGCUUCUUAAAACCCCUUUUCUUCAUCCCCGGCCCGGUAUCCCCCUGACCCCAGCCCUACCCCUCCCUCAUUCCAGUGUGAUGUCGUAGCACAAAAUGUGAAAGUGAACACUAGCGGUUUAUCUAUAUAUAAAAGAUGGAGAAAAAAAUACUAAACUACAAGCGUGUGCUUAUGUCAAUGUAAUAAUCCUUGGUCUAAGCCAAAGCUGAGAAAACACAGAAAAAAUAUAUACAAAAGUAACUGAGAGAAGGUUAAGGAGUGUGUGUUUUCUGAUUCUUCGUUACCAGUGUUUGCCGUUUGAAUUUGGUUCGGAUGUGCGUCAUGUGUCCUAAACCCCUCCCAUAAUCCCGUCUAACUGCGUACUUUGCGAAUGUGAGGGCAACUCAUUUCCUUCUCCUGCUCUUCUUGGGCAAUGGUAAAAAAAACGGAAAAAAAAACUCACAUUAGUUUGGAAACAAACAGAAGAACAGACAAACAAACAAAA